UUCAUUUUCUGUCCGUAACGAUAAAGUAGUUCAACGCGUGCAACGUUGGUUAGCGAAUAUGUUUUGCACGGUGGAUUGGUAGUAAAUAAAUUUUACCGGUUUUUCUAAACUUUUUCUUUGAAAGCUGCGUUUCUAACAUAAACCGAUAAUUCGAGUGAAAGAUCGUAAACGUCCAAACGCGAAUCACGGUUCAAGUUCGCAUAUAGCGCCACCUUGCACCUUUCGAGUUUGUUCUUCGUCGACUAGUAGAAUUUGCGCCAAAAAUUUUAUCGUUUAUUUCUUCCGUAUGUGUAUCUAAUUCUCGAACGAAUUACGCAAAACUGAUUAUUUGUAUAAUUCACUAACCGGUAUCGAAAAUCCAGUAAAGUCUAACCUUGUACUCGCGGGAUAUUCGGUUCCUCGAACGUUAUAAUUACGUAACGAAUUACCUCAUAAAGUUUGAAACGCCAUAAGAAACGGUUGAAGCAUACCGUUGUGGUGAAUAGCGGACGGUGACAAUUAUAUUUUUGAAAGGUUCGACGAUACGACGGUUAAUUUACGCAUCACCUGGAAAUUUCUAGAACGUAAAACGCGCGCGGCAAAACCUGAAACGUAGAUCGCGCGCAUGGAAACUCGCCUUCCUGCUUUGUCGAGCGGCAGUAGGCUUAAUGAAAACGGUCUUAGUGGCGGCGCGCCGCUGACUGAUACACGAUUGCGUUUCAUUUUACAGUGUGGAAAUGUGAAAUAUUCGUGUCGAGAACGAUAAAAUCGACACCGACUAGCGUGUAUCGUUAGUCAACGAAGAAACGGUCGAACGGAUCGCGCGAAUUCGUCGAAGGUUUCUGUCAAGAUAAACGCGAAACAGGAUGACACUCGUGGCUUGAGUGAAGAUCUCGAUCUCGUGUGUGCUGGCUGCCAGACGCGACAUGGCGGGUUUUCGAGACGAGGAUAAGGCUCUAUUUCCUAUUCAGAGCAUCUCCUCGAUCGUGCGGAUCUUCCAAAAUCAACUGGAAAAUAGUUCGGAACCGGACUUGGCUUUGCUCUCGAUUCUCGUCGGAGCAGUGGAGAACUCCCUAACCUGCAAUCGAACAUUUGCGUCGCAGGAAACCACUGUUUACGACGAGCCUAAACUACCGGCUGUGGAGUUUCACAUCGCCGAAGCGCUUUACACUAAAUUUCACGCCGUGAUCAAGGGUGCGGUCGAUCUCACUGUUUACGACACCAAAUACGCGACCAGAGAACUGGUCAAAAAAGUCUCUGACGUGAUAUGGAAUUCUCUGACGAGAAGCUACUACAAGGAUCGCGCGCAUUUACAGAGUCUCUAUAGCUACCUCACAGCGAAUAAAUUGGAUUGUUUUGGGGUGGCUUUUGCCGUGGUUGCUGGUUGUCAGGUAUUAGGAUUCAAGGAUGUUCACCUUGCUAUGUCCGAGGAUCAUGCCUGGGUGGUUUAUGGAGAAGAUGGAACAGAGACUGCAGAAGUUACGUGGCAUGGAAAAGGAAACGAGGACAAACGUGGUCAACCUGUUGAACCUGGAGUAGCUUCACGAUCCUGGUUGUACGUCAAUGGACAAGCGGUUGUUUGCACCAGAGCCAUGGAAGUUGCCACCAUAGUAUCGGCUAUUAAUCCUAGUUUAAGCGCGACAGCAGAUGCGGCAGAAGUGGCAUUGCUUCAGCAAGAAUUAUUAUGGUUAUUAUAUGAUUUGGGACACUUGGCAAAGUAUCCCAUGGCUCUUGGUAAUUUAGGUGAUCUCGAAGAAGCUGCACCUACACCUGGUAGACCACCUGCCAUAGAUCUGUUUCAGGAAGCGAUACGUUCCGCGAGGAAGUAUUACGGAAACGCUCACGUGUAUCCUUACACUUAUCAAGGCGGUUACUUGUACAGGCACGGAUUGCACGCCAAUGCGUUAUCGUCCUGGGCAGACGCGGCAGACGUUUUAAGAAAAUACGACUAUUCGCGGGACGAUGGAGAGAUAUACAAAGAACUAUUGGAAAUAGCCAACGAACUGAUACCGCACACGGUGCGAGCAGACGAGCGCUUGUUACGACAGCCUCGUUGCUUCGCGUACUUAUUAAGGUUUUACGACGGUAUCUGCCAAUGGGAGGAAGGAGCAAACACGCCCGUUUUACAUAUAGGUUGGGCACGACCGUUGGUAAAUACGAUCUCAAAGUUUGAUGCCAGUAUUCGCGCUCAGGUAAUUAUCGAGUGUUACGACGUGGAAACGAAACAGGAAGAGGACAAAUCGCAGAAGAGGGAGACCAGCCCGGAAGAGGCGUUGAACAAUAACAACAACAACAAUUACUGUAAGACGAAAGAAAGGGGUAACGCGGCACGUGAUCUGAUCAAAAGCUUAGAGUCGAAAGUACCUUCUAACCCCGCACCGAUGCAUCCCAGCAUCCAAGCGUUGACGGCUGCGUGCAGCGAGAAAAUACUUAACAGAGAUUAUCUGUUGCAAGGCGGCGGAGAACCGUUCGUCGCUCCGCCGGACGACGCUUUGCCUCCCGCGCCUUCCACGUCUCAGGAGAACCUCGAUCCCGAGGUAGAGACCGAUUCCGAGAACGAGAGGCCGAGGAUAACGUUGUACAGUCAAAAGAUGAAGGGUCUGAAAGACCUGUUGCUGGCGGAGAAACUGAACACGCACGCGAUUUCGUUGCAGCUAACCGCGCAGAGUCAGGUACAAAUCGGUAAAAAGUCGCGCGGUUCCGACGACGUCGGAGUCAGUCAGCGUCCGAAGAGGACGCGUCGCGAAUAGUAUCAAAUUGUUGACCGACGUUUCGGUAUAGUAAGGUACUGAAAAUUCGUGCCACUAGAUUCGUUCCUAUAGGAAAAAAAAAAAUGAUCGAUGGCGCGAAACCGAAAAAGUCUAUGGAAGUUUUCCAUGUAUCGUUGGAAUCUCAGUCUUCGCUCACGGUUUCUUUCUGUUCGAGUGAAUUUUGCGACCGACGCUUCCCGUCGGUUCCAAUCCCGAAGGGAAGCAGACGAUGGUGAUGAAUUUUGUGCCGUUUCGUUUAAACCAUGUCUAGCGUCGCGUACUCUGUUCGCAACGAUUCGGAUGCUCGACUAUCGCGCGAAUCGUUGCAGAGUACGUUCCCGCGACUUAGAUGUAAGUAAGUAAAGUAGACGCGAAAAGAAAAGUUUGUAGAAGAGUACAAAAGAAUUUUCUCGAUUUUAAGUUAAAUAUCGAAAUCGUGAGUGCUCGCGUUUCGCGUGUUCGCGAUGGACAUGUACCAUUCGCGCGUAAACGUCUUUUUCUCUUCCACAGUCUGUAGUGCUGUGAAUUAUUAAUAUUAGGGUGGGCAAGGGUCGGGGGUGGGAGGGUGGAAUGAAAAAGCAUAAAGACGAAUCGAACGAUGUACCUAAUUGUAUGUUCGCGUAAGAGCAGGAGGAGGCCAGAUUUUCAAGCACAGUUAUUUAUUCAACGAGUAUCGAUAUCGAUAUCGUGUUUUAUCCUAUUUCUAAUCUCUUGUUGCACUCUUAUUUAUUGACUCACGUGUUUUUCUUUUUUUUUAUCGAGCACUAUGGAUGAUAAUUAUAAUGAACGAGUUGUGUCGUUAACGUUUUUUUAUACGAUAGUUGAACGUUUUAUUAGAAUGACGCUUUUACGAUCUAGUAAGAGAGACCACACAUUCCACUCCGUACGUGGUGCAAACUAAGCAUUAAGUUUUUACCUAAGGUAUUUUAAGCAUAAAAUGCUCGCUUAUUUUUAUAACUAUUUAUUUUCAGAGUAAUUAUAAGUACGUAUUUGUAGAAACCUAUACUUUUGCUACUUUACAAGUAGAACAGGUCGAACGUAGACGGUCCACCGAUACGCGAACGCGUAAUAUUUCGCAUGUCCUUUAUCGUGUCGCGGUACAAAUCGAGCUCCCUGAAAGAAAGUUCGUCGAAUUCGGAGAGCGAACAAUCUAAUGCUACGAAGAGUAACUCGGAUCGUUCAAGUCGAAGGUUCGUUCAAUCGGUUUCCGGCGAAUAACCGUGUCUCGAGCCUAUUUCUAGGCUCGAAGCGUUAAUUAAAGAAGCGCGUAGUUUCCAUUAUUUCGCUCGGUUCUGGUACGUACCGUUACGUAGAAAAUUCCUCGAGGUUUCUCGCUACGAUCUAACGUACAAAAUAGUUUCUCGUUUUCGGAAUAACGCGCAGCGUAAUGGAGUGUAUCGGGGACUGUCCGCUAAUCGUUUUUCGUUUGCAAGCUAUACGCGUUCGUUUCUCUCUCUUUUCUCUUUCUUUUAUUUUUCAAUUAGGUUGCCGAUUUAAUCGCCUCACCUUACUUUACACGUUUAUUUCUCUUUGUCCGGUGUCAGUAUUUUACCAACUUGGCGGAGCCUGUCGUAGCAGACGCGUUUCACGCGACAAUCUCUUUUUCAUCGGGCGGAGCGUUUCGCGACGAUUUUAUUUGACUUUGAAACGGUUACUGGUUUUACGAACCAGUUUUACGAACACGAUUCCAAUCAUGUACGUAACAAUUGCAUCGAUGUCGAUGCCAGAUCAAAUCAUUCGACGAUGUUUAGACGGGUUGUUGUAGAAGAAUGUUGUUAACAGGAAUGAAUAUAAAUGGUCCGAGCUGAUCGACGAUCACUUAAAUAAUGAAGGGCGCUAUCUUACUGUGAUGCUGAAUAUAUGAUACAUAUAUAUAUAUUAUAUAUAUAAUUAUAUAAUUAAUAAUCGUAGUAAAUAAUGGCUUGGCGCGUCAAUGUGAUUUCUCUCGGUGAAGAGACGAAAUCUUUUGUUCGCCGUGCUGAAUUGUAAUUAAUUGAACGAGUACAGAAAUAAGAAAAACGAACAAAAAAAGAAGAAAAGAAAACAUAAAAUAUCGAGAGAGAGAGAGGGAGAGAAAGAGAGAGAGAGAAAGAAAAGAUAAAGUAAUUAGUCCGUCAGUCCGUGUCGUUCGCAUAUCAUGAACUGAUUCGAUCUAGGAAAAAGAUUUUCGCGAAAAUGCCGAGCUUUCGUCGACUCGUGGUACUUUUCUUUCUUGGAUAUGCGUGGCACGUUACGGCAUUAUAUCGCGAUCGAGCAUUGUAUCGUCGUCGCGUUUCCCUUCGCGUUCAUCGAAAGUUACGAGACAAAUCGCAAACGGAGGAGGGUAACGUGCGCGUUUACGAGUAUACGUAGCCCUCGCACGAUCGUCUACCCGUACGAGAGGCUGACAUUUUAUCAAUCGCUAUUCGAAUCUAUAUUUUCCAAACAGGAAACACGGUUUUCUGCUUCUUCUUUUUUCCGUCCGACCACCUUCUCGAGCCACGAUAGAAUUCCAUUUACCCUACCGAAAUUUUACAGAAAAUUAUCGCGAAACGUCGUUAGAGGGACAAAUCGGUUCGUUGUUCCUAAUAUCCGGAGUGUCCCCGUUGCUCGAACCGCCUCGUUCGAAAUAAACGGAGAUCUAUCGUGCGUCGAGAUCGUCGUCGAAUCGGUCACGUCCGAUUUUGUACGUUCUCGUUGAAUUUUGUGAAAUAUUUGUCGUUAAAGAGAAAAAGGGAGAAAAAUGAUAACUCUUAUCGUGAUCUUUGUUUUUUUCUUUUUUACAUGCCGUAUUCAGUAUUUUUUCGUUUUCCCCUUUCGUUUCCCUUGACAGCGAUGAAGGAGCGUUUUUAAAAGACUACAGGGAUUAUUAUGCGUAAAAUAAUAGGAAUAGUAGGAAAAGAAAAUGGUGCAACAGAACAGUAUUUUUGUAUUAGCUACGGCGCAGAGGUGUGUACUACUCUCCGAUAUAUUAUUAUUCGUAAUAUUCGAGCGUUCAUAGGGAUCAAAGUUUGCGCGAUAUCCGUUUCGAUCUGAUCGCGUACUCGGAAUCAAUUUUCGUGGCAGAAGCGUGCUCGGCAUCGAGAUCAUUUCUCGAUCUCCGAGUGGUGAACGCGAUCACGAAUUUCGGAAAGUUGCGCAGCGAAUAGAAGAACGGGAAAGAAUGGAAUGGAUUGGUAAAGUGAUCGAGCACGAAAGAGGCGAAAGGUCAAAAUGUGUGCCGGCGAUCAACCCACGCGAAGCGUAUAACGAUGUUUUUCAUCGGUCUUCUCGUCCUCGUUCGACUCGUUUGCCGGUUAAACGCACGGUUGAUUUUCGAUUCCCGUUUGGAGAAAUCGAUCGAACAUCUUGUACACUGUUACGCUUGUAGACACACGCAGCAUCAACCUCCGCUGUCCCUGUCCGUUUUGUCCCACGCGUCUCGAAACUUUUGUGCCUCGUCUCGUUAACGAAUCGUCGAACGAUAUCGUUUUUCUUCUCCUCGUUGCAAUUAACCGCUUGCUUCUUUCUCGUUUCAACGACGCGUUCUCGAACGGUUCAACAGAGAUUCUACGAUAGCUGCACGACGAGUUCGCUUUCGAACGAGGAGGAGAGAGGGCAACGUCGGUUCUCUUCUCUUCGUUACGACUCUUCCGAACAUCGCACGUUUUCGCGAGAAAGCAGAAAUUUCGACUCGUCGUGGCUACUCGAAGAAAAAUUCCGUUACCGCCAAACUUUUCAGCCGCUUCUCCGCGAAGAGGAGAGAAACGUAAGCUUUGUUCGCGUACACCGGUAAAGCGAUACCUUCGCCUUUCGUGCCAUAACGUCGAGGACGCCUCGUCGCUCUACUAUUCCGCCGCGUCCUAUCGCUGGUUUUCCUCGCGGUACCCACCGCAAACACUCGUGCGAAUUUUCCGCGGAUUCCGCGUCGAAAACGAGAAACUCCGCGCGUAACUUCCAGUGCUCGGUGCUCGCGCUUCUCCCCGGCGUACUCGUGCGAGGGGAAGUUCUCGUUUAAACGUUCAAGUAGCGUGAUACGCGAAAUUCCUAGUUAAGGUUGUAAGGAUUAAAUUAGCUCGUUAAAAAAAUGAUAAAAUGAAAAAAAAGAGAAGCAUUGGUCGAUACGAAAGAUCCGAGCAGUUUCUCGUCGUCGACGAUGCGCAAGAGAAUCUUUCCGAAAAUGAUCUACUCGCACACAGGGCAUACAUGUAUUUCGUUAGACGCGCAACGAGAGGACGCUAAUAGAAUAAAAACCAAGUUGAAACGUACGAACGCGUUGAGCUGAUUACAUUUGCCACGCAUACCUUCUCGAUGUACUUAAGAUGCGAACAAAACUGGUGAAAAUAAUAAUCGAACGAAUAUUUCGAUCCCGGUGAUACUACGUCGCGGACAACGAGCAAAAUAAUUGCGUCACGCGUCCGUUCCUCCGUUGGCCUCUUUAUGGACGCGUCAUUUUUUCGGUUUCAAAUCCGCAAAGUUCAAGAUAAAUUCUGCGAUUGAUUUUUAGCGGAAGAAGAAAUACGAAACACGUUUCGUGAAAUUCGUGACAGGUUUAGAUCUUAAAAAUUUUAACUUCCUUUUGCCUUCGUUCCGGUUAGUUUCGCGCUCAAAUCUCAACCGUUCAGGAUCGGUGCCUUUAAUUUAUAUUUAUUUAGACGGAGUCUAUGGUACGAAGCGCGUUAAACGGAAUAUCGACGUAUUUCGAUUCGAGGCAAUAUUUUGCUCGUAUUUAUUGAUUAUUAACCUUCGGACGAAUUAACAGAGGUAGUCGGAUCUUUGACGGUAGACUCGAAUAAUAAUUUAUAACACGAAACAUUAUGAAAGUUAAAAUAUCCACGAUGACCUGUCCCAGUUCGAGGGUUAAGCAAAGUACGCGUGCACGCAGUAUCACCGGAUCGUAGAAACUUCGUAAACGGGACGAAGGAUUCACGACGUUGGCCACGGAUCACAUCGAACCGGGUUACGAUUCGUCGCUUCGUCGUGCGAUGAUUGUUGCACCUUUACGUGGUGGUAGAGUAUUACGUGAGAGCGAUCUUAAGUUUUCUCCGUUGACACGGGUAUUCCGAUUAUGCGUAUAUACAUAUGCAUAUACAUAUAUAUAUAUAUAUACACACUUAUAGAUAUAUAUAUACAUGAAGACAAAAAUCUGUUACAUUACUAUUUAAAGAGCAAAUUAUCGUAAAAGAAUUUUACCGUAGAUUACAUGGUCAAAUACUCUGGUAUUGCUCACCUCGACGAUCUGACAUGAUACGCGAAUGUGGGUUUCCGUUGGUCUCGAUCAGGAAAGAGCGUAAUCGCAGCUAAACGCUAUUGUUAAUCGAUGCAGAAUAGUGAGUUUUCAGGCGUCACGAGAAUGUCUUGUUUUUUUCUGUGGAUUAUAAUAAACUAUUUUAUUCUAA